GCAAAAGAAGAGUUACAUAAUGUUUUAGCAAUCGGGUGUGAAAUGGAGUUCCAGGGUUGGCCAAGUGUAUAGGCUACGUGACAACCUGUGUUUGCGGUACUAAUUACGUGUAAUCUAUUUAACUGAGGUACGUUUGUGUAUUGGUGUUGACGUUAUGUACGUCUGGUUCUUUAUGUAGCAAAUCAACUGAAGUGGUAGGAUUGAUUGCUUGUAACACCGCGCGUAUCCGGUCUACCGGGUAUUUUGAAAUACUGUUCUAAGUCAUUCAGGGGAGACAAUAUUAGUGCAAAGGUCAGGUACCUGCAGUUGCAAUUAGUUUCGUUGUGUCAACCGAAACCAGUAAAUCCCUUUGGUGAUAAGUGAUUUGUAAACAAGACAUAUGCCAACUUCAGAAGAGAUAGCAUCAGUGAUGGAUGUGUAUCCAAAGCUCCAGUACUUCGAGGAGCUGUCCCAUGGACUGACGGAGUCACUCUGUAACUCACUGUUUGCAGAUGUCCAGAUCGAGGUGGAAGGAGAGAUCUUCAAUUGUCACCGUGUCAUCCUGGCCUCAAUGUCUCACUACUUCAAAACCAUGUUCACUUCAAAGUUUAAGGAGAGUGAUUUACCAAAAGUUCAUCUGAAGGACUUGGACAAGGACAUUUUUAGAAUGGCCUUAGAGUACAUGUAUACAGGGCAAAGCUCCGUGAAGGAUAGCAAUGUCUACCAUCUGCUUUCCUGCUCAGCAAUGCUACAAAUCAAGGGUCUCCAGUCUAUUUGUAGCACAUUUCUUGAGACGAGUUUGAAUCACAAUAACUGUAUUGGAAUCUGGAAAAUGUCUACUGGGCAUGGUCUUCCUAAACUGCUAGAAGAAAGCUGGAAAGCCAUCCAGCAGAAUUUUCCAGAAGUUUCCAAAUGUGAAGAAUUCUUACAUCUGUCUCAAGAUGAACUGAUUCAGAUCAUAGAAUGCAAGGAUUUGUUUACAGUCAAAGAAGAGGAUGUCUGUGAUGCUGUUCUGAGGUGGGUGAGUGGAGACAAAGCCAGAAAAAAGGGUCUUAAGACAGUUUUCCAGGCACUGCAUCUGAAGCAGAUGUCCCUGGAUUAUCUGUGCAACAUCAAAGACUGUGAAGAGAUUGAGGAAUGCUCAGGUUGCCGCAGUCUUGUUCUAAAGGCCAUCGAUGAAAUAAACUCAUCUUUCCCCAACGAAUACUCCUGUCCAGAAUCUGAGUAUAGACACGAAGAGGUAGUCUGCAUGGUGGGAACAAGGAGUAGAGAACCAAAUCCUCAGAAGAUUGAAGUCUUAUGUUACAGCUUCAGACACGAUAAAAAGUUCAAGUUUUCUACGCUUCCCAUGGAACCAGGCCCAUGUUUUGCCGUCUGCAUACUAGACAGAGAUAUCUACAUUUCAGGAGGUUACAACCAACAGAAUCUGAUGCUUCACUUCAACACAGAACACAAUACAUGGACGGAGUGCAAGCCCAUGGUGACCGAGAGGUGGUCCCAUUCCAUGGUUGCUGUUGGUAGAUGCCUGUACUUGGUGGGAGGAACCUCCAGAUCUAAUGAAACCCUUUCCAGCAUUGAAAAGUUUGACCCAGAGACAGCAACCUAUGAAGAAGUAGGUCAUCUCGAGGUCCCUGUGUCCUCCAUGACUGCUGCUGUCUUUGGGACACGAAUCAUCACCUUUGGUGGAAAGUUGAAAGAUCGAACGUCAGCAUCAGUGAUUCAGUACUUUGAUGUUGCCAACAGAACCAAGGGUUUGCUUGGUAACUUGCCAGACUCGUGUGCUGGCAGCAUGGGUAGGGCUGUGCACUUCGAGGACAAAUUGAUUCUCGUUUUCCGGGAGGGACAGAUUGUUGAGUAUUCUGAAGAUAGAGGGGCUUCCGUUGUCUGCACAAUUCGAAAAUUCGAUCACUUUGGUGCUGUGAUGCACAAUGGAGAAAUCCUGAUCCUUGGAAAUAGCAGUGGAUCUUUCUAUGCCACUUUCUUUAAUCCUUUCCUUGGAAAAGCUCGAGACAUUCCAGCACCAUUCAAGGCACCAAUGUGCAACUUCUACUGCCUGAAAACCAUUGUCAGCAAAAAAUAUCUCAAAUAGGAAACUCCAGCUUUGCACAAAUCCAUAUUGAAACAAAUACACUAACAAUUCCAGUAUUCACAUGAAUUUUUCCAGAGAUUGGCAACUGUUCCUUAUGUAAAAUAAGUAUGAUGUUGUGAAGAUGCAAUGAAGAGGGCUAGACCUCGAGUGGUUUUGUAGCAGACAAUUUGUAAAAAGGGUCACAAUAUUUACUUUAAACAUAGUUUUCUCUGUUAUUGAAAUUCAAAUCGGACAAUAUCCCUCCAUUAUGUCAUGUAACAUAUAGGACUACAUGCAUGUGAUAAUUAAGCAUUAAGUAUGUUCAAAUCUACACUUACUUUACUAUUGCAGAUAUAAACAGAUGGAAAGCAUGUUUCUGUCUCUGAUGUCACAGUAUUGCUUCAUUUUCUACAGUAUUCAUCUUUUAGAUCUCAAAAAUGAGAUGAAAAACAUUGAUUUUGCCCUUAUGUGGAUUUGAAUUGUGUAGAGUGUGUCAGUUCAUGGUGUCCUGAAGUCCUCAAAAUUUACUGAUACAAUUGUGUUCGAAGUUAACAUGUGACAUAAGAUUUUGUAAAAUAUGCAAUUAGAUUAUGUGCAUGUAAUAGAAAUAUAUCUAUUGUAGAAAAUUCAUUCACUGGGUACAUUCUUUUUUUUAAAAAUGAUACUCAAAAAUUUAAUAUUUUCUCUAAAUAGCCAAUUUUGUAUACUUUGAAAAUGUUUUCAUGGGCAGUAACUCCCAAGUUGUUGUUUUCUCUAUUGUAGGACUCCUGAAAUACAAAGGAUUUAUAUAUUACUCUAAAGUAGCAUUUUUUUAAAAACUCUUGAUAUUGAAAUUUUGUCAUUGUAACUAAUUUUUAUGCAUUUUAUAUUAUGCUGUUUAAUGAAAAUGUGCACUUUCAUAUACUUAUAUCUUAUAUGUAUAUCCGAUCUUGUCUUUAAAAAGGUGGUAACAUAUAUAUUUUCUUUGAUUAUUAAUUAAAUUAAAGUAUGAUUUCGAAAUUAAUUAAUACAGAUUUUCUAGUUUAAACCCAUUAUAAUGCAACAUCACAUGAGGGUGAAGCUUAAUUAUCUUAAGGUUCUAGAACUUUUGACAAUCACUGCAAGAGAUCAGCCAUCUUAUGUUUAAAAAAUUAAUCUUUUUUAAGGUGUGACUGCAUUAAAUUUCUGUUAUGUGGGCUUUUAUCUAUAUUCUUUGUACAAGUCGAUCAAUGAUGUACUUAACAUCCUGUUUCAUCUUCGCAAGCUGAGGGUUUUUGGUCCAAUUUGCUCCCCACAAGUAUUGUUGAGAGCAUAAGCAGAUCAAAAAACUGAGUAAGUGAUCUGUUUACGUUAAUCUUCUAUUAAUUAUUUUACUAACAUGUAGUCAAUUAAACAUACCCUGGUAUUGUAACCAGCAAACUUAUCAUUUGAUGUGUGAUAUUAUUACAUUAAAUUGUAAUAUUA